CGCCGCCGAAACUUCCGCCGCCGCGUCCGCCGCCUCCGGAACUAAACGGGAUGGAGCUAACACCCAUUAUGGAGAUUAACCACUUUUCAUCAGGUUUUUAACUUAAGUCUUGAGGAAUACAACCGUGAACACAAGAUUCAUUUUAUUGUCAUCACCAUGGGGCGUAUCCUGUUGUUGAGUUCUCUGGUUCAGACCUCUGAAGACUUCUCAGAUGGAUCCUAGGUCUCUGGGCUUGCCCUGAAAUUACUCGCUGCUCAGGGAGAGAGUUGGAAUGGUUGGCAUCCUCCCACUCUGUUGCGCCGGCUGUGACCCCUCACUCUGUUGCUCCAGUUGUGUCCCCUCUGUUGCUCUGACUGCAGCUCGUUCUGUUAGAGUUCCUCAUUCCAUUGGUCACUGUGGCCAGAGGGUGUUGGGCUCCCUUCCUCAAGUCUUCUUAAAGCCGUGGAUUUUUGUGGAGCGUUUUUCUUCUUGGCUCUCCCUUGAGUUGUUUUCCUUUCUUCGCUAUCUUGGGACUCUUCUUUGUGCUUCCGGACGUCGGUUGAGAGAAUGACUUCUUCUUCCUUGUCUCCUUGGUGUUGGCUGGUGGUUGCUCUUCAACAGCUGGACCGGAGGCUCUCGGUUUUCCCUUCAGCUUCAACAAGUCAGUCUCUCUCAAGGGUCUCACGCUGCAGCAUUCUUACCAGAGGCCACUAGGCCUGGAGUUCCAGUUCCAGUGUCUGGAGAGUCCACCUCAGCUCAGCAAUCUCAUGCCGGUUGCCAAUUGUCAGCAGAAGCCAAUGCCUGCCCAUCAGUUCUUUACGCUGAGGUGUUAGAGUGGAAUAAAAAUAUAAAUACUACUAGUAGUUUUCAUGACUUCUGCUUAAUAUUGGAUAUUUUUUUGUUUUGUUUUGUUUUGUUGUUUUGUUUUGUUUUGUUGGUGUUAGGCUUACCUUACAUUAAACCAGGCCUUAGCCUUUCUGUGGCUUUGUUGUGGCAAAGCCUCAUAUUACUCUCUAGUCUGGUUCAGCAGGACAGUCAGGUCCACACCUGGGCCCGUUUGUUUUCUACGUUUACCUCAACAUAAGGUACCUUAUCAUUGUCAGCCUUCAUCUCCUGAUCCAACAUAAAAUAAGAUGCCACAGGUU